AGCUGAUUCCAAGAGUUGCAACUUGUGGUUCGGUUGUUGUGCUUUGUAGCCGGAAGAUUUGUACCCAAAGCUCUUCUUACGUUUAGUUGUCUUCCUCAAACAGUGAUCAACACCAUUAUGGAGGGGGAAGUGGUGAAGAAGCUUGCUCCAAAACUUGGAAUUUCUGUGCCAAGCACAAUCAAGAAAGCUCUAGAGUUGAUGAGGAUGUGUGAUGCCAGGUGUACUAACCUGUCAUCUCUGGGGGUCCAGGGGUCAUGUAAGGCCGUCCUCUGUCUGGAGCUGGCAGCCAGUUGUCAGGACCAGCCCGUCAAUAAGGAUGUUGCAGUACGGCUGUCAGGUGUCUCAAAGAAAGUUUACAGCAAUGCGCUGCAGACCCUGGGACGGAUGCUGGAUGUGCAGCCCAAGGCCAACGUGAAGGACCUGUGUGUUCAGUUUGGCUGUAUCGGGGCAGCAGAAUUAGCAAAGGACAUUUUACACAGGUAUCAGGAUGAGCUUCAGACAAAAGUUUCUGAUGCUGACAUCUCACAACCAAUGUUUCCAGCUGCAGCGGUGUAUGCAAGUGCAAAGUAA